UCUGUUCUUUUUUGCUUUUGUUUUUAGGAUUGUUGUCUUUUUGUUUCUUGUCUUCAUUUACGGUUUGUCUUUUUUUGUCCAAGCUCAGUUUUUUUUGUCUCAGAUCAUCAAAAUCCCCAUUUUGUCUCUCCUUUGAUUUGAGAAUCUCCGAUUUCAGACUUUUACUCUUUUACUCGUUGUUGCACUGCAGCACGCACGACUUGACACUUCUUCAAGAUGGCUGCCGAGGCUGCGCGAGUCGCACUCCGCUGCAACGAUGCGUGGUCGACUGGACAGCUCGACCUGAGCGCGUGCCAGCUCACGUCGCUCCCGCUCGGCGUCUUCACGCUCGUCCGCGAGGUCAAAGUCACGUCCGUUGAUCUGAGCGACAACAUCAUGUCCAAGCUGACCCCCAAGAUUGCGCAGCUGGCCCACGUCCAAGUGCUCAGUCUCGCGCGAAACAAGCUCACAAGUCUACCCGACGAAAUGGGCGCGCUGUCAGAGCUGCGAUCGCUCAAUCUGGCGGGAAACAAGCUCACACAACUUCCAGACGUGAUUUCCACGCUCACUGGACUCGAGUCACUCGAUCUCAGUGGCAAUGACAUUGUCAGCAUUGAUGUACCAACUGUGCUCGGGCCGCUGAAAUCGCUCAAUGUGCUCAACAUCAACGGAAACUGUCUCGACGCGAACACCAUCUCCAGCUUGUGGCAACUUCGAUGCAAUACGACCAUUGAUGAUAAUCGCACGCCACCACAGCCCGGAGAUUUGCCAAUCACACACACAACCACGCGCCAUACACAGUUAUCGUACAAAUAAACUUUGCACACGCUUCUGUCCGUUGAAACAAUGUAAAUUUCAAAUGCUUGC